UUGCUCCCAGUGUGGGAGUUAAGUACCCCCUUCAAGUGACGUGUGAUGGACGGCGCCUGCCCGGAGUUCGGGCAGAGCACGGCUGAGCGGGCGCUGGAGCUCCGGCGUGGCUCAAGGUUUUCCUCCGGCCUCACCUCUCCCGGAAGACGCAAGAAGCGGCCGGAAACGAGCGGACUAAGAGUUGGAGAGCAAGGGGCCCGCCGACCUCAAGCGCCGCGCUGGCAGCGCGCUUAGGGCCCGGCGUCAUCGCGCGGUGGAGAGCGCGCCUGAGGUCGGAGGAAGUCCAGCCGCCUUGCACCUGACGCGAGGUUUUACACGGUCUUGUUCUGUAGCAGGAUCGGGGCUCGUUUAUGUCCAGACCCUUCGAGACUCCAGGGCACGAAUCAGGGACACGAAUCUGGGGCUUCUCUUGGCAAUCUGGAUUAUAUUCCACUGGUAGGGUGUAGGUUUUCCCGAGAAAGAGUAAAAACGUUUCCUUAAACUCAGCCACGGGAGACCUCAAAUAAUUGUCCAGCAACUGAUGAACUGCUGUUAGUGGUGGCAAGAGGCGACCUCCAUAGCCCCCGCUCCCCCACCCCGACAGAGUUCAGCCUAGAGCGGGAUGUCACGUGACCCACAAUUCAUUUCAUUUCCAAGGAAGGGAGGCAGGAAUGUUGCAGGAAGAAGACUGGUAUGGGGAAAUGUGUUCCCUGCUAGUUCUUCCAAACUAUGGCGCUUCCCAGAAAAUUCUUCCUUUGUUUUUGCUGCUUUGCCUGGUUCUGUUUUCCUGUUAGCUGUGGUUCUCAGGCUUCUAGAGGAGAAGCUCACUUUGCAACUAGUGCUGCGUUGGAAUCUGAGGCUGAGCCUUGGUCCUUGCUGCGGCCUCCAGAUGAGAGACACAGAUCUGGCCUCCCUUCCCCCCUCUUCAAGGUUCUGUAUGAUGGGCAUGGGGGGUUGCCCAGGCUGCAGCCAGACUCCAGAGCUUUGCGCUACAUGAAGAGGCUGUAUAAAACAUAUGCUACCAAGGAGGGGAUCCCUAAAGCCAACAGAAGUCACCUCUACAACACUGUCCGGCUCUUCGCACCCUGUGCCCAGCAUAAGCAGGCUCCUGGGGACCAGGUGACAGGAACCCUUCCAUCAGGGGACCUGCGGUUUAACCUGGAUCGUGUUACUGCUGUUGAACAUUUACUCAAGUCAGUCUUGUUAUACACGUGGAACAACUCCGUUUCUUUUCCCUCCCCUGUUAAAUGUGAGUGCAGCCUGGUGGUAAAAGAACCAGAGCUUUCUAACAAGACUCUGCCUAGAGCUCCAUACUCAUUUACCUUGAACUCACCAUUCACAUUUCGAAAGAAACAUAAAUGGAUUGAGAUUGAUGUGACGGCCAUCCUUCAGCCCCUAGUGGUCUCCAACAAGAGAGAGAUUCACAUGUCCAUCGACUUUACGUGUGUGAAAGACCAGCUCCAGCAUCUUUCAGCACAGGAAAGUCCGUGUAACAUGACUCUUCUGGCAGCCCCCUCACUGCUUUUAUAUCUGAACGACACAAGCACACAGGCCUAUCACAGGUGGUAUUCCCUCCCCUGGAAAAGGAGGCCUUCACAGGGUCCUGACCAGAAAAGAGGGCUGUCUGAGGGUGCACGAUCCUCUCGUCACCGGAGAGAUCAGGACACUGUCAGCUCUGAAUUGAAGAAGCCUCUGGUUCCAGCUUCAUUCAAUCUGAGUGAAUACUUCAAACAGUUUCUUUUUCCCCAAAACGAGUGUGAACUCCACGACUUUAGACUGAGCUUCAGUCAGCUGAAGUGGGACAACUGGAUUGUGGCCCCACACAAAUACAACCCUCGCUACUGUAAAGGGGACUGUCCCCGGGCGGUCGGGCACCGGUAUGGCUCUCCGGUUCACACCAUGGUGCAGAACAUCAUCCACGAGAAGCUCGACUCCUCAGUGCCGCGACCAUCCUGCGUACCUGCCAAGUACAGCCCUUUGAGUGUUUUGGCCAUUGAGCCCGAUGGCUCCAUUGCUUAUAAAGAAUACGAAGACAUGAUAGCAACAAAGUGCACGUGUCGUUAACACAGGCUCCUCUGAACUCACACCUGGAGCCUCUUGGGCAAAGUGUACGCCUCGCACCUAUCGGUGUGCCUCCGGGAGAGUUUCAUGGGUUUGAUCUCUAAAUGUAAUGCGGUGUGUGUUGUGGGAGGAGGAGCCUGUGUAGACAACACACUCUGGCAUCUCGCAGUGUGAAGGGAUAACUGCUGCCUUUCUUGUUUGCAAAUGUAAAUGAAAUGUUCAUUUGGAGCACUUGUUUUUUUUUCCCUAGGCCCUUUUUUUUUUUUUUUCUUAUUGUGGGGUCUCGUUUUUGAUGUGAGAAGAAAAAUCUUAAUUAGUGUAAAUCCUGAUGAGAAUGGCAGCUGUAAACAGACAGUUCAGAGUGCUAUAGUCUUAUUUAAUGGAGAAAUAAAUUCCUGUGAGUGGCAUUAAA